CGACGACGACAGACGGUUCUCUCCAGGACUCUCCGCGAAAGUCUCCAUUCAUUUUUAUCCGUUGUUUAUUGGAUAGUGAUAAUAAACUACUCCGGAUCUUCCAAUGGGUUUUCCAGUGGAAAAUACGAAAUUGCUUUCUAUGCAAUUCCCAUAUCUGUUUGUGGGAAUAUGUCGCUGUGGUAAAAAGCAGAGGGCAGUAUCUAUCGAGAUCGAAUAAUUUAUUUAUUUGUAGUUUCUAGUUUAUUUUUGUACGUCGUAUGCCUUUCCUAUUGUUUUUUCGCGCGGAUUGGCCGAAACUGUUUCGAGCCAGUAGCAACGAAUAAGUUGUCGUCGCCACGUAACACCACCAGUGAUUCAUCCGAUGCUUCAAACAAUUCAAGACGUGUAUAGCAUCGCGCCAGUUGAUAAAGCUUUACAACGUCAUUGAGAAACUCGGAAAAUAGUGGUGGGAGUUUAUUACCGUCCGUAUCAAUUGGAAGAUAACUCGGAAAACGAAAGAAAAUACACGAGAAAUAUUUUUCAUCUGCAUUUUUAUGAAAAAUAUGUUAUCACGUUAGCGUUAAGACCAAGUUGAGUUAUCAUUAAAUCAGGGAAGAAUACUUCAAAGAAGAGAGAAGUUUCGCGUCGAAAUGAUCGUGUGAACUUUGUGUUUACGAUCCGUUUCCGGUUUGUAUCGACGAAAACUCGACAGAAUCGAGUUUCGCGAAACAAAGAAGGACAUCACAUCCGGUCAGGUAGAAAUAUAUACGCGAUGGAAAAUGCUGGGACCGUAAUAUCCGUGAGCAAGCGAGUGAGCGAGCGAGCGACUCUUUGGUCUCGGUUUAGCCUUUAUGUACGCGCCAUAUAUUCGAAGGGACUUGCAGAGCGCGUGUACACGCCAUACAAACGUACCGGGUAUAUAAAUGGCGUAAAGGCUGUUCUCCCAGCGAGCAGGGCCGUUUUAAGAAGCCCGCAGACCCUACAUUUCCGUUCCGAGGGAACGAGCAACGAAACAAUAUCGCGGCUCGUAAAACGGCGAACGGAUUAAACGAGCACGUAUUUAACACCAAGACUGGGGCUGAAUGAUUGCCAGGCCGCGGAAAUUGGAAGAGGAGAUUGCGUGGUACAGUUGGUAAAUCGAUUCAGCCGUUUGAUCCAUGUAACACUCGCAUUUACACGAAGAUACGAAACGCGGAGGAUCGGGACGAUCAACAAAGAGUCGAUUCUCCAUUUAUUUUGACGACCGAGUAACGCGAUUUCUUAGGGAAAUGGGUCUCAUUGUCUGCAGAUCUUUAAAAAAUGUGAAUCAAUCGUCUAUUGAUUUCCAAAGAGUGUGUAAGUUUCUCGGGAUUUCGAGCUUGUUUACGAAAGAACAGAAUAAUAAACACCAAGUAGGUAGAAAAAGAUUAAAACGGUUAAUGUAAAUGAAUUAUCUAUUGACCUGAGUCGAAACUUUAGUCCUACUUCAGACCUGAACUUUCUAACAUCUGUAUGUUCGGAAGAAUCAGUAUAAUAUAUAUGGAAACUACUUAGCGCUUUUAUAUUGCAGAAAACGCAAUAAAAUCCUACUUGAAAGAAAACUUUACGAAAAAGCUAGUAAAUUAAAUAUAAUCAAAAGAGAUUGAUAUAAAAGACUUCAAAAUAAGUGUUAAAUGAAAUAUUGAAGUAGAAUCAAGAUUUUGUCUCGAAGGUUUUCAAGGAAUGUAAGUUUCAUAGGAUUUCAAGUUUGUUUAUGAAAGAACAGAAUAAUAAAUCAAGUAUGUAGGAAGAGACCAAGACGAUAGACUCGAAGCGGAUGUCGGUAAAAUAUUAAUUAUCGCGGCUUAAUCGACGUGAAAAGCGGUCCAUCGGUUAGUCGAGACAUUUUCUUUUCAUGAAAUAAAGGAGACUGCCACACUUCGCGCACCUGUCCGUCUGUUUGCACACACGCCGAGUAUAUAUCCUGUCUCUCCUUGAAAUUUAUGAUCGCAUCUGUUUUGAAAUCAUGAAGAACUUUCUCCCGCAGGACAAUGCGCGAUAGAAAAACUCGAUCUUCGAGACCUCGCGUUCCUUACUAUCGAUUGUCGCGUGACUCAACUUGCUGUGGCAAAAUCACCCUUGGAUCAAGCCGAGAUGCGGACAUCUCGGUGGCCGGCACCGGCGUCGAGUCCGUCCAUUGCGCGAUCGAGAACAAUAACGGCGUGGUCACUCUACAUCCCAUAAAUGGAAACACGUUUGUCGACGGUGUGCCGAUAAAUUCGCCAGUGAGACUCGCACAAGGUUGCAUGCUCUCGAUAGGUCGCUCGAACUACAUGCGUUUCAACCACCCGGCCGAGGCGAAGCACCUGCGAUCCAUCUUGCCCCACUCGAGGAUCUCGAUGGCGCCGAUAAGUUUCUCCUCGCUGACCGAUGGCCAGCCGCAAGAGAAGCUUCAUUUGGAACGGAAGCCGCCUGUCGCGCCACGGAAAUCCCCUAGGAACUCUUGUUCCGAUGACGAAAUCGGUUUCCUCGGCAAGCUGACGAAAUUCGAGAUGCUGUCGAAGCAGAACCGGGCCAACUGCGUCUCCCCGAAGGUCUUCCCGGUCGGCGCGCUCACGACCAACGUGCCGGCUGACCAGAUCCUUGGCCACUCGAGAUCGUCCAGUCUGGUAUCCCUAGCGAGGUCGCCGGUGAACGGCUGCGACGUCACAAACAACAACGUCGGCGACAACGACAACUCUCUGGCGAGGAGCCUUCGUCGCGGCGACGAAGUUUCUCGCCAGAGGAGUCCGGACUCGCGUAGCACGCAAUCGAACACCAUCAACGCCCCACAAUGUCAGAAUCACAAUCAGAUUAGGAUGUACUCGGCGGAGACUUAUCUCAAGACAUGCAGACCUUAUUACCGCGAGUGCGGCGGUAAUGGCAGGAACGCGCGAUCGCCGUCUCUCGGAGGGGCCGCGAUCCCAAAACUCGUGGCUGCGCGAAGCGACCUGAUGUCUCGAAGUAUGACCUGCCAGAGCUCCAACGAGCUGGAGCAACUGGCCGACCGCGACUACGACAUGAGCCAAAGCCUGAUCGUCACGAAGACGACCACCACGGAGUUCCUGCAGCUAGGCAAGUACGGAUCCAACCCGAGCAUCUGCGACUCCAACGUCGACGGAGACAUGAACGCCGGGCUCUCUAGGUCGCCCACGGCUCGUGGCUUCGGCUCGAAUCCGAACAUCAAGAGGAUUCAGCCACCGAGCCCGGCGUUCAAUCGAAAUCCGCGGUACAGCGAGCAGAAGAGAACUCACGCGAGGGUCAAGAGUCCCACUCCGAGCGUCGGUAGCGCUUGCUCCCUCGAGGAAUCGCGGGAAAGGCAAGCCGACGCGGAGAACAAACGCAGGGAGGCGGAGACCAAGAGGAAACGGGCGCAGGAAGAGAGGUUGAGGGAGCAAGAGGUCGAGAGACAAGAGAAAAUGCGACUGGAGGAGAUUCUGGCGAUGUGCGCCGAGUAUGAGAGACAAAGCACUGUCGAGAAGCCACGACAGCCGAAUCGGAUAAUAACGAACGGAUCUCUGCCGCGCGACAAGAGACUCGGCUAUCAAUCUCCCUUCGAGAGUCCGAAGAGUCCUUCCAAGAACCAGCCGCACUUCUCCUUCGACGCUUGGAAGCAGAUCGGCACCUGCGGCGCGGCGUCGUACGAAAACGUGUCCGUCCAAAAUUCCAAGCUCGUUUUCCAGAACGGCGAUUCGUCCGGCAAUCACAAGGACCAAUUCGCCCAAGCCGACAGUCAUUCGCGCGACGUUCCCGCGGGAUUACCGUACGCGAACACCUUGAACGACAAUCAGCCGACCAAGUAUCUGAACGUUCGCGACGCAAGCGGCAACUACAAUUUCUCAGGCGCGACUGAUCAGACUCACGGCAGCAAUUACGAAAACAUUAUAAUCGGCAACCACGACAAGAAGCACGACGGGACAGGCAAUUACAUGCAGACUCACGACGAUACCGGCGACUCGACGUACGGGACGAUUCGAUUGAACGGGACGGGAAUCGAGCCGGCGCAGCGUGCGAUGCAGAGCGCGAACGCGAAUCUCUACGAGAACGUCGCGUUCUCGGCGACACGGAACAAUGAUCAGAAUCGUUCUAUGCCAAAGAAGCACGGCCAGUUGUCGAACUCGUGCGAAAUGAUCGAGAAUAAGCUCACCAUAUCGAACGACGACCUGCUCGAGGCGAUAGAGCAGCUGUCCAUGCUCUCGAAAUCCAAAGAGAUCUGCGUGACGCCCAAGCGAAACAACAGCGAGAAGGAUAACGCCAAGUCUAACGAGGCGAAGGCUGAUAAGGAGAGGAAGCAGCUGGAGGAGGAAGAUAGGAAGAAAUAUGUCGAAUUCCUGCGCAAUGAAAAACUGCACAUUCUCGGCAACAUGGACGCGCUAAAGAGGAGCGUCGCCGAGAUUGAGGCUCAGGAGGAAGAAAUUACUAGAGAGUUCGAGAUGGAGAAGGCGCUGCUGUCCGCGGAAUAUGAAUCGGAAUCCUUGAAACUCGUCCAGGACGAGGGAGAGAAGAUCAAGGUGCAAAUGCGAAUAAACGAGCUGGAGAGAGAAAUGGCGGAGGAUAACGCGAUGCAUUCGCAUUUGCAAGCUGAAGCGAAGCAACGCGUUCAGAGAACGCAUCAAGUCUGCGUCCGACUGGACGAGCAAUUGAUCAGUUGUGCGGACGAAAUUACGCGGCAGGAUAUCGCCGAUGAACUGACGGCGCAGCAAGAUGCUCUUGAGAGCGAGAGGAAAGCUUUCGAGGACAUGGAGUUUCAUCACCUCGAGGAAGAGGCGAGCAAACUGGCCACGAGAGAAGAACUGCAGAGAUACUUGAGCGAGCUCACAAGCAAGAUCGAGACGAGAAAAUCGCAGCUGAACUACUUGGAGUCACAGCGGUGCGAGGCGAAGAACGCGGCAGCCAAAGACGCUAGGAGUCUUGAGAGGCAGAAAUUGGGACAUCUGAAGAGGCUGGAGGAGGGACGAAAUCGGGUACGAGAGAUAAACGAAGAGCUUGACUGUCUGGCUCAAAAUUUCGCCGAGCAUUCUGAGGAGAAACGAUCGCCGAGUAGAGAAGAUUUCGACAGAAUCUCCAGAGUGACCAACGACUCGCCGAUCGUGAACAAUCAGGGCAGUUUGGGAAGGAAGACGAUCGAGUCGCUCAAAGAAAUAGAAAGGAACCGGCAGCUUCAUUUGGCCAAACAAGGGAGUCAAGUGAUCUCGGAGGAAAGACGCAGAGUCGAGGAGUUGAAGAGACGCGUGCAGGACGAGGUCCGUUCGCAGUGGGAGGAGAGAAAAAUGAACUGUGCGUCGUUCAACAGCGUCGAAUCCGGCGAGGAGUCUUCCAGUUAUUCGACUGGACCGACAGAAAGCGGUAGUGGAAGUAGCGACGGUGCGGAGGGCGGAAAUAACGAAAAAUUGUCGCCCAGCAAGCUUUCGGAGCUCACUUCGCCCAGUCCAGGACCGUCGAAUAACUCUUACAGUUUGCUUCAAAAUGAUAAUAUGAGAGACGACAGGAGAACAUCGAUGGAAGGUGAGAGACUUAGCGACAAUAGUGGCGGUGGCGGAAGAGGAGGAGGAGGAGGAGGAGGAGGAGGAGGAAGUGGAGGAGGAGGAGGUGGAGGUGGAGGAGGAGGAGGAGGCAGCGUCGGCAGCGGUGGCGGCGGCGGGAUCAAUGACGGAAACGAAAGUCGCCCGCUUUCUCAAACAUCCAGCGAGAUGGAUACCCUUAGCCCACUGCAGCCCAUCAAACAUCGCGAAAAGGCAAAACUUCAGAGGCCACUCACGAGAUAUCUGCCUAUCAAGUCGGAGUCCCUGGACCUAAGGCAUCACAUAGAAACUGCCGGCCAUCAGCUACCCCUAAUCUAUGAUGUUACGAUCGACACCACGAGUUGCAGUGGCUAUUUGUCGAAGAUGAGCAAGAAGUUUCAUCAUUGGAACAAGCGGUGGUUCGUCUUCGAUCGCAAGCGGAAGACAUUGUCUUACUAUAGCGACAAUACGUCCAGAAAAGCUCGCGGCGUGAUCUACUUUCAGUCGAUCGAGGAAGUCUACGUGGAUCACAUGAAUACCGUCAGAUCGCCGCAGCCUUCUCUCACUUUCAUCGUCAAGACCUCCUUCAGACUCUAUCAUCUCAUGGCACCCAGUCCGGAAGCUAUGCGCGUCUGGGUCGACGUUGUGUUCACCGGCGCGGAAGGAUAUCACGAAUUCGACCAUGGCAUUUGAUAGAGGGCUCGGUUGUUAAACGCAACAACGUAUUUGCGACACGCGUUAUUUCGGUACGCCGGACCCAACGAGAGAUAAGAGUACAAGCGAUUUCCGAUCUUUGAAAUCUCGCGUAACUACACCGAGAACGAUUGCAAUUUUCGAAGCAUCUGAUAUAAAUCGGAAAUGGCGACUGAUUUUACGAAUUUUAACUUUUUGCGUCGUAGCGCGCUUUGAUGCAACGUGCAUCAUCAGAUAUAGCCCAGAUUAGACCAGGAAAGGCUUAAAUUUUUCUUGAUGGUCGACAACAGAUAUUUUAACAGACCCGCGCAUCCCCGUAAUGGAAAACUUUCGGGCAAGGUUAAUCUAUUAUACUAAAAAGCAUUGUCCGUAUUCGGUAUCGAUGAAAGACACGAGACACUCGUUUGCAUUACGGUUUGUACGCAUUUUCAAGAAGUUAGGAGCGCAUCAAAUGGUCAAACGAUUGUAAGCUCACGGACUUGCAUGGUAAUCGGUACUUAACUUCGGGAAAUUAAUCAAGAACAAGUUCUCUCAUUGGAUUAUGAACUGCGUUCCGAACUGCAUCGAAAAGAGAAGCGUUCAAACCGUGUGGAAAUCGAGUGCACAUUAACUAUACCGAAAAAGUAGAAGUAAGGAAUGUAUGAAUCGGGCCGCUAUAAUAAACGAGGCAGUUGAGAGCAGAUUAAAAAUAUAAGAUGUCACAGCUAUUUAUAUAUAACAGCGAAUUGAAAUAAAUAUUUCAGUACGUA